GUGGCAUCCCGGAGUGUGUGCCACCAAACCCACCUAAAAUCAGUGUUUCACGGCUUCUUGAAGCGGAUGAAUCUAUCAGCGGCACAACGCUGCUUUACCACGCAGUAGCCAAUCGGAUCCUGCCCACUCUUGAGAAACGUGAUGUGCUUGCAUGUUUUUUUGAGGAAGAUAAGCAGAACCUUCGAUUAGUGGAACACACACCUUUACAUUGGAAUUGGUUUUCGGGGCGUGAGAGAAACAGAAUUGAUGGAAUUAAAGUGUAUGACAAAAGAUCAGUCUCGCAACAAGACGGCAAAGGGUUUAAUAGGAGUCGAUCGCGCAGUGGGCAGUGCUCUGGCAAGCAGUGAGUUACCAGAGCGGCGCCAACAGAGGGAGUGAAAGACCGUCUCGUUCGUAGAGCUUCGUGUGGACGCACCACCGUCGAUGUCUCAACGCCUACAAAGAAGAUCUGUCGGACGCAACGUGCUGGCGUUGAUACUGACGGCGCUGGCGGCGGCAAUAAUGGGUCACUCCGACGGAGCCGUUAAUUCCCGGCGCUUCAACAUCGGGGGCGUCCUCCACUCCAACCAGACUCGGCACUUUUUCAGCAAGACGCUCCUAAGGAUUAACUUCGAUGGAGAGUCUGUAGCCGAAGAAACUACUCUGUACGAAGUGAUGGUGACACUGCGAGGGAGUCCUAUCACCACGGCUCUCCUCGUGUGCGACUCUCUCAUUACCAAGGGUGUGUACGCGGUUGUAAUAGCAGGUCCCCCGGGCGAGUCAGUCACCACAGCGGCCGUGUCAUACACAACGGGGUUCUUCCACAUCCCAGUCAUUUGCACGUCCUCAAGGGACUCUGCAUUUUCUGAUAAGAACAUCCACGUGUCCUUCCUGAGGACUGUACCGCCAUAUAGUCACCAGGCAGACGUAUGGCUGGCGCUCCUUAAGCAUCUGAAAUACCGCCAAGCCAUACUCAUUCAUUCCUCGGACAGCGACGGCCGCGCGCUGCACACGCGCUUUCAGAGCCUGGCGCGCGGAGGCGAGGAGGACACCGGAAUUAAGGUAGCCUCCGUGGUUGAGUUUCGCCCUGGAUCGGAAUCCUUUGUAAAGGAGCUUUCUGCCGUCAGAGAUCAGUUGGUCAAGGUCAUCUUAGUUUACGCCAGCCGGGAAGACGCUGAAACUAUAUUUCACGACGCAGACUAUUUGAACAUGACGGAUGGCGAUUUUGUGUGGAUAGUAACAGAGCAGGCUCUAGACUCCGCUCUCGUUCCCAUUGGCGCUCUCGGCUUACAGCUCCGAUACGCCCACGAUGUACAAGCCCACAUUGAUGACGCCUUACGCGUCGUUGCUUUAGCACUGAAGAGGUUACACGAAGACGAGGAGUUCAUUCAAGAGCCGCCCAUAUCUUGCGACAAAGAGGACUACUGGGGAGACACAGGAAGAACGCUCUUCAGGAUGAUUCGAGAACAGGUUCUGAUUGAUGGAAAAACAGGCAGGGUGGCCUUUGAUGAACACGGCGACCGCACUCACGCCGAGUACUCGAUCGUCAACGUCCAGGAGCGCAGAAUGCUAGCAACCGUUGGAGACUUCCUUCAUCAGACAGGGGAUGCCAUGAACCUGUCGUUGAAUCUGUCUAGCAUCAUGUGGCCUGGAGGCUCCUACGCUCAGCCCAGGGGGUACUCAAUGCCAACACAUCUCAGGGUGAUGACCAUCCAGGAGACGCCUUUUGUGUACGCAGAGCCAGUCACCGACACCCAGAUGUGUUUAGCUGAGGACGAGGUGUUGUGUCCCUUCACCAAUAUUUCUACACGAGAAACUAAGCUCAUGUGUUGCUGGGGAUAUUGCAUCGACCUUCUGCUGGAACUGUCAAGAAUCAACAACUUUUCGUAUACACUCGAGCUCUCACCUGACGGCCAGUACGGGGAAUACGACUAUAACGAUGAGGGGAAGAAGGAGUGGUCGGGCUUAAUCGGAGAGUUGACGCGAGGGGUCGAGGGCGUGGAUUUGGUCCUGGCGCCCCUGACCAUCAACCCCGAGAGAUCUCAGGCGAUCGAUUUUUCAAAACCUUUCAAGUACCAUGGCAUCACGAUUCUCAUUAAGAGGGGCCCCAAAGGUACAGCACUAGUCUCUAUCCUACAACCAUUUAGGGACACACUUUGGCUGCUUCUGCUCGCCACCGUUCAUGUCAUCGCUCUGCUCGUGUGGAUUCUCGACCAUCUGAGUCCUAUGUAUAAAAUGGUUGGAGGUGAUACAGAUUCUCUCAGCAUCUCAGAGUCUCUAUGGUUCUCCUGGGCUGUAAUUCUUAACAGUGGACUUACAGAAGGCACACCAAGAUGUCUAAGCGGUCGAGUUCUGGGCAUCGUGUGGGCGGGAUUCGCGAUGAUCAUGGUGGCUUCCUACACGGCCAAUCUCGCUGCUUUCCUUGUCCUUGAGAGCCCCAUCAACGACAUUUCCGGUAUCAACGACGCCAGGUUGCGCAAUCCAGUCGAAAACUUCACCUUUGCCACAGUGAAGGGGUCGGCCGUGGACAUGUUCUUCCGCCGCAAGACCGAGUUGGCCAAUAUGUACCGUGUCAUGGAGGCGCAUAAUUAUGACACUGCUGACCAGGCCAUCCAGGCAGUGAGAGACGGCAAUCUGCAUGCUUUCAUAUGGGAAAGCUCCCGCCUGGAAUACGAGGCUUCACAGGACUGUGAUUUAGUGACGGUCGGAGAGCUCUUCGGCCGCUCGGGUUUCGGGAUUGGAUUGCGGAAGGGCUCGCCUUGGUCAGAGAAAAUAACCAUUGACAUCCUAGAACUACAUGAGAGAGGUUUCAUGGAGAAAUUAGACAGGUCAUGGAUCUGGAAUGAUCAUUCUCCUUGUCAAGAUCUCUUUGGCGAGGACUUUUCCAAGCGUCUCGGCCUGAAGAACCUCGAGGGGAUCUUCCUCAUGGUAGCCGGUGGCAUCUUCUCUGGCAUCGUCCUCGUCUUCAUCGAGAUAUUGUAUGACCGCUGUAAGAGCAAACACGGGCAGGCAGCCCCACAGAAUCACAGACGGGGCAACAAUGACGACCAGCAUGACGCAGAGAAUACAACAGGCACAAAGGGCCUGCCACCUUCUAUUAAUGUCUCUAGUGGUCACAGGGGAAGCACGGCCUCCGAUCCCAGAUCGAACAAUGUCAUGCGCAAUGAAUAUGAAAGGCAUACCCCUAGUGAUGAAAAUGGUGAAAUGACUACAUCGAGUCCUCAUUUGUCGGGCAAUCAGGAAGCCUUCCAGGACGUUGAAGAACGUCUCAAAAAUAGUCCAAAUAUUCCAGAAGAAUGGAAGACACGCACGGCUCUCGAGUGGUUCCAGUUCUACCUAGACACACUGAAAAUGGACGCAGCCGGUGACUCCAAUGAGGCCGUCGCUAUAUUAGAAGACUUUGUGGAAUUUGUGAAAGAAACUGGCAUAACAUAUCUUAAGGACCUUUACCCUGAAGAAAUGAGUGGAAAGACAACUGAUCCAGAAAUAGACGUCGGGGAUGCCGCAGGCAUUAGUUACCACGAGGAAGGAUGGAAAUUCCCGGAAAACGUUUCCUCUGAUACCUCCCCAAAGUACAAGAAGGCUUCUUUUGAACAGUUGCCGGAUGUUGUGGACACACUGUAGGACGAGAUUGGUUCUAUAGAACACAUGAUCAUGAAUGUCAAGGAAUGAGUGUGACCCAGAAGACCGAUUCAUGUGCGCUCUAGUUAGUCUUAGUAAUCAG